UAUAGUCCAUUGAAGAAGCCGAAAUACAUGCCUUAGAAAAAGGGUUGGUAUAUAUAUUUGUCUAUUUCAUUUCAACAGCGCAUAAAAAUGGCUCAACUUGAGAGGAUAAAGAAAUUUUCAGAGAGCAGCCCUAAAUCUCAAACGCUCCCCACUUUUGAGCAGCUCCUAAGAGAUGAAGAAGCAUACUGGUCAAAGUUGUCGCCCCGCGGUAGAUCAUGCCAUGAUCAUGAAGUCUGCCCCACCUACUGCACUUCCGGCGACACCAAGAAGUCUGUUCUCUCUUUGGUUAAAGACACAGCCAAGAAGUGGAGGCGCAGCAUCAGCGGCCGCCGCAAGAAUGGAUUUGAAUUCCACGACUACAACCACAACCGCGACUCCAACCACAACUACAACCAGAGCCAGAGUCUCUAUCAAAACCACGGCCAGAGCCACCACCACGAUCACGACCACAACCACAUGACUCCUACUCGGGGCUCUACGAUGGAAGAUGACUUGGAUCAUGAACAAGCCUAUGAUCCUGAGUUCCUAGGCGCUCCAAUGUAUGAGUCAGAAGCAGCACCCGACUGUCUGAAGGAGACGGCAAGGCAGCACCCAAGGGCGGAUCCUGUCAUCUCUGAGAGUCAUAAGGCGCCAAACAUGAAGCACAAAGCUUCACUGCUAGGAGUCGACAAACCUGUAAGCCCGAACACGAACAUAGUCACAAUCAAGAUUCAUGCUGCAGCUGAUAAACUGGCUCCAACCUGCGCUGCCAUGUCCAACGCAACCCACAAUAGCACCAAUAUGAUCACAAACACUAGUCACGCUGUCGCUGACAAACUGGCUCCGGCCUGCAAUGUCGUGUCUGAUGCAACCCACAAAAUUGCUACUAAGAUUGCUGGCAUUGCUGGUGUAUCUCCGGAAACACAACCAUGUCCGGAAGCUAAAGCAGAGUUAAUGAGUGAGGAUGCGGGAAACCUGAAAGCACGGCUAAAUGUGACGGAUGAUGCCGGAAACAUGAAGCAAUGUGCAACCGGAAGUCCUCAAACAUACGAAAGAGGAGUUUCUGUGAAGGAGUUUAUCUUGAACAAGCUGGAGCCUGGAGAAGAUGAAAAAGCACUCUCACAGGCUAUAACAGAGGGCAUCAGUCCUAGGAAAAGCACUGGAGAGACGGGUGUUGUGGAUAAGGUUAAAGAGGCUGUCUCUUCAUUGUUAAGGCAGGAGGAGACCUCCAACUCAACAGAAACAUCUGCAGGCUUGAUUUCCGAUGCCUCUGCCUCCUCGGAAGUUAAAACAGUUGCUGAACCGAGCCGUCUGGCUUCAAUCCAUGCAGAUAAAUCUGCAAGCCCGUCUGCUGCUGCUGUCGACACUUCAAACACUCCAACAGUUGUUCAACUGAAACCUGCUGCUUCAACUUAUGCAGAAAAACCUGCAAGUCUGUCUCCUGCUGCUCCUGACACUUCAAUCGUUCCAUCGAAUGCUCAACUGAACCGCAUGCCUUCAGUCCAUGUUCGUUCUACCAAAGUUUUCACUAACAGUACCAACAACUCACCUAUCUUCCCAGUGUCCACCAAUACUCAUGAAGGUGAUAUACUGUUUCAAUUCAUUCUUAUACUACAGAAAUACAGAGACAAUAUGAGUACAUCAUUUCUAGCAGUUACAGUACCCUGCCAUAACCUUAAUAUUUAGCCUAUGGAAACGGAAAAUACAUCAAGAAUUUCUAAUGAAUUAAAAGUAGCUAAACAUAUAACUAGUUCAUUGAUGUGGAUUGCCACAGAUUAUGAGGAAGAAACCAAUGGUAAGAUUCUGCAAGCCAAUUGAAGAUUCAUAGGCUGCAAAUGACACGAUUUGCUUUUGGAGUGCCUUGUUAAUACACCCACCGAGAAGAACAGCAUUUAGCAAAUUACUUUUGUUUUUGUAUAACUUUUUGUUUUAUCCAUCCUGUGUUUAGGCUGAGGUUUAGAGCCUUGCUCCCACUAGUUUGUAAUACUGAAAAGAAAAAUACAGAAAAGCCCAGCCAUUUUGGAUGAAUGUUGGAGCUUGUCUACAUUUCUUGACAUGUGAAUACUAGUAAAGUGCAUGCUUUUGCAUGUCAAAAGCUCAUCCAUAAUUGCAGAAAACUGAUCAUGGUAAAAUGAGAGUAUGCUAUCAAUACAUUGCUCCUCACCAACUGAUUAUCUUACUGUCUUCCUGCAUUUACUUUUUGGGGUUUUACUGUAUCAGAAAUUUGCAUAGUAAUUAAAUAUUUUCUGCUGAUAAUUAGUGAUUCUGAUUCAACAAAAGAAAUACUUCAACUAUUCAACAUUCGAACAAUAAUCACUAAAAAAUCUCACAUUCAAGUUAAUGGUC